AUGGUCAACACGCAGGAGACCACUUGUGGUGUGCUCCUGGUGUCGACUCGAGUCGACGAUGCCCGAUCCCCGUCCCGACCUAACCUGACCUCGCCUCGAGACACUUGCGCUGACAUCGCCGAUAGCUUCACCAUUGACGAGAUCCGGACGCUUAUGGACAAGCCUAGCAAUGUCCGUAACAUGUCCGUUAUUGCCCACGUCGACCACGGCAAGUCGACUUUGACCGAUUCCCUCCUGGCCAAGGCUGGUAUCAUCUCCACCGCAAAGGCUGGAGAUGCCCGUGCCACCGACACUCGUGCCGACGAGCAGGAGCGUGGUAUCACCAUCAAGUCUACUGCCAUCUCCCUCUUCGGUCAGCUCCCCACCGAGGACGAUAUCAAGGAUGUCGUUGGCCAGAAGACCGAGGGCAAGGACUUCUUGAUCAACUUGAUUGACUCGCCCGGUCACGUUGAUUUCUCGUCCGAGGUCACUGCCGCCCUCCGUGUCACCGAUGGUGCCCUUGUCGUCGUCGACACCGUCGAGGGUGUCUGUGUCCAGACCGAGACUGUGCUCCGACAGGCUCUCGGUGAGCGCAUCAAGCCCGUUGUCAUCAUCAACAAGGUCGAUCGUGCUCUUCUCGAGCUCCAGGUCUCCAAGGAGGACUUGUACCAGUCCUUCUCGCGUACCAUUGAGUCCGUCAACGUCAUCAUCUCCACCUACCUUGACAAGUCCCUGGGUGACAUCCAGGUCUACCCUUAUAAGGGUACCGUCGCCUUCGGUUCCGGUCUGCACGGUUGGGCUUUCACCGUCCGCCAGUUCGCCGUCCGCUACGCCAAGAAGUUCGGUGUUGACCGUAACAAGAUGAUGGAGCGUCUCUGGGGUGACAACUACUUCAACCCCCACACCAAGAAGUGGACCACCAAGAGCAGCCACGAGGGCAAGCCCCUCGAGCGUGCUUUCAACCAGUUCAUCCUGGACCCCAUCUUCAAGAUCUUCUCCUCGGUCAUGAACUUCAAGAAGGACGAGGUUGAGGCUCUGUUGGGCAAGCUCGACCUCAAGCUCUCCACUGAGGACCGUGAGAAGGAGGGCAAGCAGCUCCUGAAGGCCGUCAUGCGCACCUUCUUGCCCGCUGCCGACUCUCUCCUGGAGAUGAUGAUUCUCCACCUUCCCUCCCCCGUCACCGCCCAGAAGUACCGUGCCGAGAUGCUGUACGAGGGUCCCUCUGAUGAUGAGGCCGCCAUCGCCAUCCGCGACUGUGACGCCAAGGGACCUCUCAUGCUGUACGUUUCCAAGAUGGUGCCGACCUCCGACAAGGGUCGUUUCUACGCUUUCGGUCGUGUCUUCGCUGGUACCGUCAAGUCCGGUAUCAAGGUCCGCAUCCAGGGUCCCAACUACACCCCUGGCAAGAAGGAGGAUCUCUUCAUCAAGGCUAUCCAGCGUACCGUCCUGAUGAUGGGUGGCAAGGUCGAGCCCAUCGACGAUAUGCCUGCCGGUAACAUUGUUGGUCUUGUCGGUAUUGACCAGUUCUUGCUCAAGUCUGGUACCCUCACCACCCUGGAGACUGCCCACAACCUGAAGGUCAUGAAGUUCUCCGUCUCCCCCGUCGUCCAGCGCUCCGUUCGUGUCAAGAACGCUCAGGAUCUGCCCAAGCUGGUCGAAGGUCUCAAGCGUCUUUCCAAGUCCGACCCUUGCGUCCUGACCUCCCUGUCCUCCGAGUCUGGUGAGCACAUUGUUGCUGGAGCUGGUGAGCUCCACCUUGAGAUCUGCUUGAGCGAUCUCGAGAACGACCACGCCGGUGUUCCCCUCAUCAUCUCCGACCCCGUUGUCCAGUACCGUGAGACCGUCAACGGCAAGUCCAGCAUCACUGCCUUGUCCAAGUCCCCCAACAAGCACAACCGUCUUUACAUGAUUGCUGAGCCCAUGGAUGAGGAGCUUGCCAAGACCAUCGAGGAUGGCAAGAUCGGACCUCGUGACGAUUUCAAGGCUCGUGCCCGUAUCCUGGCUGACGACUUCGGCUGGGAUGUCACCGAUGCCCGAAAGAUUUGGUGCUUCGGUCCCGACACCACCGGUGCCAACUUGCUGGUUGACCAGACCAAGGCCGUCCAGUACCUCAGCGAAAUCAAGGAUUCCGUUGUGUCCGGUUUCCAGUGGGCCACCCGUGAGGGUCCCGUCUCUGAGGAGCCCAUGCGUGCCGUCCGCUUCAACAUCAUGGAUGUUACCCUGCACGCUGAUGCUAUCCACCGUGGUGGUGGUCAGAUCAUCCCCACUGCCCGCCGUGUCCUGUACGCCUCUACCCUGCUUGCCGAGCCCGCCCUUAUGGAGCCCGUCUUCUUGGUCGAGAUCCAGGUGCCCGAGUCGGCCAUGGGUGGUGUCUACGGUGUCCUCACCCGCAGAAGAGGUCACGUCUUCAACGAGGAGCAGCGCCCCGGUACUCCUCUGUUCACCAUCAAGGCUUACCUGCCCGUCAUGGAGUCCUUCGGUUUCAACGGUGAUCUCAGACAGGCCACCUCCGGCCAGGCCUUCCCCCAGAUGGUGUUCGACCACUGGCAGCACCUGCCCGGUGGCUCGCCUCUCGAUGGUACUUCGAAGGUUGGCCACAUCGUCCAGGAGAUGCGUAAGCGCAAGGGUCUCAAGGUUGAGGUGCCCGAUGUCUCCAACUACUACGACAAGUUGUAA